UAAAAAAUUUAAUGCAUAUAUGUAAUAUUUUUUAUACUUUAUGUGCAUAUAAUUGUAUUUUAUGAUGCGAUUUUAGGCUUUGAAUUGUUUGGAUUAUCAUAUUUUACACACAAACGCCCAAAAUUUGGCCGAAAUACAAUUCGUUGAGUCGAUAACAAAGGAUAAAAAAUUACGAUUUCGAGAAGAUCUCAUUAAUUCCCGGUAGAUGGCGCACAGCGCGUCUAAAAAAAAGAUUCUCAUCCCCGCACCUCAUCCAGUAGCAUUCCCCCUCUCCAGUCACCACUCGGGUGACAAUCGUGGACGAAAAACGGCCCGGUUUCGGAGCUCGGAGCUCGCGGCAGUGAGCAAAAUGGCGUCGUUGUGGGCGGUGAUGUCGUUCGCGUUCUCGUUGCUACUGACACCUUUCAUCAUGUUGCUGCUGGCGAUUAUAUUCCUCGCGUCCAUCGGCAAGUCUCUCGGUGUACGUAGGCUGUACAUCAAGCUGCUGCUGGCUCUCUUUGAGAAAUGUCAUGAACAUGUUACGCAACUGUCGAUCUUGGAUUCUAUGCGCGAUGAUGAAACGAAAUUUUACGGCCGACAAAACAUAGAGAAUGUAAGGAAGAAAAACGGUACUCGGAAUGAAGAUAUGGAUGAAGAUCUUACUACAGAAGAAUGUGAGUCAUCAAUGAUUACGGAAAAAGAUUCAACAACAGUGUUGCAUAAAAUGCAAAACGGGAAUGUGAGCAAUUCGGUGAUAGCCAGGUCAAAAGACUUAAUCUUAGUCCCCGAGCCAGAAAUGCACAGUCACAAUCACGAGAAUAACGAUGACGAAUUAAAUCUUAAAAAUGAUAAAAAACCGUCAAUGAUUGUUAUCAAAGAGGAUAGUCUUAAUUCGAAAACUUCUCUUGAAACGCUAAAAACCGGAUUUGCACCGGCGAGUUUGGAUUACAUCAGAGCGGGCUUUGAAGCCAUUAUAGAAGAUGAAGUGACUUCACGUUUUGAAGCUGAAGAACUUAAGAACUGGAAUCUAUUAACUCGAACGAAUAGACACUACGAAUUUAUCUCCUGGAAGUUAACUUUUAUAUGGAUGUUUGGAUUUGUCAUGCGCUACUGUUUUUUGCUACCACUAAGGAUAUUUAUCUGCUUCAUAGGGGUACAGUAUCUCGUAGUUGUAACAUUUUUUAUCGGCUUUCUACCCAAUGGCCGCAUAAAACGUUGGGCGAACAACCAAGCCUCCCUUAUUGCGUUCAGAAUAAUGUCUUGUUCUCUCUCGAGUGUGAUCACGGUCCACAAUCCCGAGUACAAACCAAAGAACGCAGGGAUGUGCGUGUCGAAUCAUACGUCCACCAUCGACGUCUGCAUUUUAUCCACGCAAACGACAUUUUCUUUGAUAGGUCAGAGGCAUGGUGGUUUCUUAGGAAUUUUACAAAGAGCUCUUGCCCGUGCCUCUCCACAUAUAUGGUUUGAACGCUCUGAGGUUAAAGACAGAGAAGCAGUUGCGAAAAGGUUAAAGAAACAUGUAUCAGAUCCCACAAACCCACCGAUACUUAUAUUUCCGGAGGGUACGUGUAUCAACAAUACAUCAGUUAUGCAAUUCAAAAAAGGCAGUUUUGAAGUGGGCAGCGUUAUUUAUCCUGUGGCUAUAAAAUACGAUCCAAGAUUUGGAGACGCAUUUUGGAACAGUAGUCGAUAUUCAAUGUUACAAUAUUUAUAUAUGAUGAUGUCCAGCUGGGCUAUAGUCUGCGAUGUAUGGUAUCUCCCUCCAAUGUACAGGAAGGAAGGAGAGAGUGCCAUUGAUUUUGCGAAUAGAGUGAAAUCUGUGAUAGCGCGGCAAGGUGGUCUUGUCGAUCUACAAUGGGACGGCCAACUGAAGAGGAUGAAACCGAAAAAGGAAUGGAGGGAAAAGCAGCAAGAAGAAUUCAGUAAACGAUUAAAAGUCGAAUAAAUAGUAAUAUCAUUUCUAGUCAUAGCUUCAUAAUACGCAUAUUGCGUGAUAUUUGCUUAAACAAAAUCAUUUUAUUCAAUUGGCUCCUUCUGUUACAUAUUAUUUCCGCAUACGUCAUAAUAAUGAGGAAAAUCUAGGUGUCCCAUUAGUCUGCUUUAAAUUUUAGAUAUAAAUAUUUCCGCAAAUAUGACAGUUUGCACUUUUUUGACAAAUUUCUAGAUAAAAACCAUUGACAUUCUGACAUUAUGCAAAGUAAUGUAAUAUUAUACAUUUGCACCAUUAUAAAUGUAAUUUUUUAAUUUUGUGCUGAGUAACUACUGCAGCUUAUACCUUGAAAGAUUCGAAUUUUCAUUUAAAGUGCAAAUGUAAUAUUUGCUAAUUUUUAAUAGUAAGGUUCGAUAAUUACGGCAUUACGAAUUUAUUAUUUAUAUGUGAAAUGUAUAAUUAUAUUAAAACGUGUGAUAUUUUUUGCAUGUGAGUGUAUGUAGCAUAAAAAAAAUUUCCGAUUAUUCGUACGUACUAAAUUAUUGGACGUAGUUAGAUAGUUUAGAUAACAUACAUUAAUUUUCUCUUAUAUAUGAGAAGAAAAAAUGUUAUAGUUUUUGCUAUAGUUAAAAAAGAAACGAAAUAUUUAUUCAUUUUUCUGUCUAAAGAUUUAGGUGAAACAAUUUAUCACUUCAGGUUACCUAGAAAUAUUACCAGGUUUUCUAGAAAUACUGUGUACACGAUUGCAUUAUGUUAUUUUUCUAUUAAAACUGAAUAGCAUCUCAAUAUACAUACAUAUAUAUAUAUAUAUAUAUAUAUAUAAAAUAUAUAUAUUUCUACUUUUAUAUUUUACAUACAUAGAAUGUGAACUUUUUUAGCGUUCUAUAUUGCAAUGCAUGUCAAUAUAAUAUAUGGUUAUGAAUUUAAUGUAUAAGUGAAAACACACGCGUGUGCAUAUUAAUGUAUCUAUAUAGAUGCAAUUCAAAAGACUAGGUUCAAAGGAACAAAA